AUGAGGUCACUCUUUGUGGUGGCUGCCGUUGGCAAGAUGGCGCCGGUGCUGGCGGAGAAGAAGCUGCUGGGGCCGGACGGGCCCGUGGCCGCCGAGUUCGCCAGCGAGGAGGACGAAGGGCAGAGCCUUUGGUGAGGAACCGCGCUAGGCUGGCCUGGGCUCCUGGCGGCUCCUGGCUGCCGGGCUGGCAUUGGCCAGGGAGGGGCAGUGGCUGCUCUGUCUGCCUUUCACAGUCCUGACGGGAACUGGGCUUCAGCGGUGGGCUCGGAGCCUCCGUGCUCCCGGGAGCAGCCGUUGCCGGGACUCCGCCGGGUCUGCGGGCCAAAGAGCGCCUGGAGGCCCCAGGAUCCCGCCAGUGGCUCUUUGACAGCUCAAGCCCGGCUCUGCCUAGUGUUGGGAGGGGCGCCUCGUGCAGUUAUGAGUGUUGAGGAAGAAGGGCUGGUUGGGGUAGGAAGGAUCGCUUCUCCCUCCCUGUCUCCUUUUCGCUGUGCAAUUACAUAGGGGCAUAGAUGUGAGCCCUGUAGGCGUCGAAGCCAAGAAGCUACGUGUCGGUGGGGUCCAGAGCAUCCCUUUUCAAGUAGGGUUAUCUCUUCUCUGUCCCCCACCCCACCCCCGCUUUCCAUCGAAGGAUUAUGCAGCAGGGACCUCCCCGCCCCGCCCCCAUGGAGGCCCAGGAACAAAAAUGCAGCGUUACCCUCUUGUGCCCACUUAAAAUGCGAUGCCAGCAGCCCUAAUCUUGACCUAGCUGGCAGCCAUGGUUGUUGAAAAAGCUAAUGAGAUAAAAUGACAGGCUCUGGAUUGCUUUGUUGAUGAUUACUUUCAGUGUGAAUGCAGCAGAAACCCAUGCCGUAGCAGGGCUGACUUCUCAAGUGUUCAUGUGAUGGUGGUUUAGAUGAGCAGUGGAUGCACUUUGUAUUUUCACCCAGCCUACUCUCUUGGUAUAUUUAAAAACAACAUUCCUACACUCAGACCCAUCUAUUUAAAUGGAGAAAAAUAUCUAAACCAACGUGUGGUUCUAGCCUGACAGCUUUUGUCCAGGAAUAUUGUGCCAGGCUGAACUCUGAAGCAUCUAGUGUUGGUCUUUCUUUUCUUCAAUUGUAGAUCUAUAGAAUUGAAAGGGACCUUGGAGGAUAUCUAGCCCAAACACCUGCUUAAUGUAGAAUCAACUACAGCACUCUGACAAAGGACUCUUCAAAUGCUGCAGAACUGCCCACAGACACCUGCUUGAUAGGCUGGGUUAUAAAAUCUUGGCAGCUUUAGAAGAUGGAGUAGAUUGAAAAUGCAGUGCCAGUCAAAUUAAAAAUAAAAAUCCUUUAAAUUAUUGAGUUGGAAGAGACCUAGGAGCCCUCCCCACUUAGUGCAGGAUCUUGGAACUACAGCACCCCUGACAUUGACUGUCCAGUUUCUUAUAUAUGCCUAGCUUAGGAAAGCCCACUUCCUCAUGUGACAGUCGGUUCCACUGUCUAUUGCCAAUAUGAAAAUUACGCUAGCAUUUAGACGAAAUCUUUGUUCCCUGCAUUUUCCCUCCAUUGAUUCUGGUCCUGUUCUCUUGAGCAAUAGAGCUCCAUCUGUUAUGUGACAACUCUUUAGCUAUUUGGAGAUUGGUAUUAUACUUCCCCUUCUCUUCUUCAAACUAAACAUACUUUUCAACCAUUCUAAACAGAGCUUGGUUUCCAGACCUCUCACCAUCCAGGUUGUCAUCCUCUUAAUGCUAGUUUGUCAAUAUCCUUCUUAAAAGUGUAGUGCCCAGAACUGGACAUAAUGCUCUUAACUUGGAGAAAUCAAUUAUGGCAUUAUCUUUUUUUGUAAGCAGCUUUGACUUUAAUUUUAAUAGAAAAGAGAGGUGCAAAUACUAAACUAAAUUAUUAUGAAAUCAUUUUUUUCCUGUGAAUAUAUUUGAGAUUCUGUAGCCCCAUUGUAAAAUAGCUUAAUUUAUAUUAAAAAAUACCCUAUAUUGAUCAACUAUUUUUUUCACGCGUUCUCUCUUGUGCAGCACCUUUGUAUCCAGUCUUCAUUUCUAGGAUUAUUUUGUAUUGUUUUUGGUUGUAUCUCAGCUCUUUUGUAUAUUUUGUUGUAACCUGCUCUGGAAUUUUGUAUGAGGUGUGGUCUAUAAAUAGCUUUAUAAAUAAAUGUGUAUGUUUGUUGGACUGCAAGAUCAAGUUGCAGAACUGACCCUCAGCAAACACUACAGAAAUUCAUGCUCUGCUUGGGAGCUCCCUUUAUUCUUGUUUAUGCUCAGGUGUUGGCAUAUGCACAAUAUUUUUAACAGUAUUAUGUAACUUCCCUUGGGAGUUUAUAGGAAUAGGUAGUAAGAGUUACAUUGUGAUAUACAGAGAGGCUGUUUCCAGUAUCAGAUAUGCUCUGUGACCACUGAAGCAUUAUGGGUUCUGAUUUUGCCUCUUGCAGUGGAGAGCAUCUGAAAGCAAUGCCACUGAUUUAGCUCUUGGGGGAAUUUUACUAUUGUGAAGGAGGUAGCAUUAUAACUUGAUGUACUCCUGAGCAAGAGAGAGUAUAUCAGAUCUAUACAAACAAAUACUAAUAGGGCUAUUGUGUUUUUUUUUAUAUGUGCAAUCUGAGUGAUUUAGUAUGACAUGGUCUUAUUUAUUUGGACAGAUGCUUACUCUUGUUUUUCAGCUGCUACUGGAACCCUACAUGUUUUGUAGAAGUUGGCCAAACCUGGCAGUCUGGCCUAAAAAUGUCUCUUCCAGCUCCACUUCUGUGCUCUAGGAGAAGAUCUAGAAUUUGAGCAAAGCCACUCAGUAGAAUUUAAAGUGAGGAUAAAGGAAAGGCUAAUGUGCACAUUGCUAAUGAGGUUUAAGUGGCUAGGGAUUUGAGCAUCUGUUACCCAUGAGUGUCUGUGUUUGCAUUCUGGUGGAGACAGGUCUGCUGACAUAUUGCUAGAAGUAUAUCACAAUACAUACAUUGAAAAUUCCCCUCAGAAUAGUGGUGCUCGGUAGUACUGUUUCUCUUCCCCCUCUUUUUUUGAUUUUUUUUUUUUUUACUGAGUUUCAAUAUUUAAGGAAAGCAUUAGUUGUAGUAAUAAAGAAUCUGACGGUAGUAGCAUAGCCCCCUCCCUGCAUAGUGGAAUUAGACAGCGUUAUCAGUGAGUUCUGCUUUUCUUGAAGAUAUAUGUGUAUAUCUAUUUAAAACAGACAAAACCAGAAAUUUCAUCCACAGUAACUAAAGUGAAACUGGAAACUAAACAAGUUAUAUUUUUUUGCUUUUUUAAAAAAUACUUUAUUAAGCAAAACUAACAAGAUUAGUGGACUUAAAAUAUACUACUAUCAUUUGAGCAAUCAGCAGUGAAUCAGCUGUCUUCAGAGUAGCAGAAUUUCAUGAGAGGUCAGGUUUCCAAAAACACCUUUGCUACCAAAUGUCAUUGCAGUGCUGCAUAGACAAAAACAGCACAUAACUCAUCACACUUAGUGUUCCAGUCAUUGUAGUUCUCCAUUAUAGGCCAAAACUGGUGGAUUGAUCUUUCUGUUUGUAUUGAAAUAAAUAAUACAUACUGUAAUUUUAAGUGAAGAUAACUUACAUAGAAUCAUAUAAUAUAAUUGAUUUAAAUAAAGUUUUCUUGUACAUUGUACAUUUCCUGAACAAGCAUGCAUACCUAAUGGUUGCUCUAUUUAAAAAAAGGUUGGGAACAGCAUAGAGCCUUUAUACAAUCUGGGAACAUAAUCCAAAACCCCUGGCCAUGUCACCCACCUGCCUUUUGCACUACACAACUGUAUCUAUGUAGGGAUGGCUGCAGGAGCUGGAUUGUGAAAUCAGUGGAUUUCUGUUUGGCCCUCUGUACCCAUGCAGGAGCACUAAGCAAGCUCACUUGGUAAGGGACAUACAACCCCUCUAGGCCCUCAGGACUCUCUCCUGGCUGCCCUACCCUCUUCCAGGCCACACCCUUCACUGGCUCUGCAGCAUACCUUCUGCAAGUACUUUUGCCUGGCUGGAAUGUAUUAUUGAACUGUGAUAAUGCUGUUUCCCUGCCUGGAUGGAAGAUGGAGAAGUGUCUGUGUGUGAACAGAAACCUAUGACUUUUGCAUGGCUGGAAUGUAGCCUGUACGAAGGUAAAAGUUACAUCUCUUACUUUGUCCACUUUUGCUUCUUGCCCCAUCCACUGCUGGAAUAUGGCACCUGGAAGGUCGCUUGUGAGGGAUUUGGUCCCUUUGGCUGAAGCAGGUUUCUCAUUCCUCCUGACUUAAUUGACUUUGAAGUCAGCGGAUGAUCCUGGUGAGUGAUAGGUUGGUGUCUUCUGGGUCUUCUUUUGGCCCAUGGUCUGUGCGCCAGGGCAGGGCCAGAGGUAAAGGUGUGUAAACCAAUGGACACAAUUCUUACAUUUGUACAAGGGGCUAAAUUCCAGCCAUGCAAAAGCCAGAGGUUCCUUACUUGCACAUCCAACCCCUGAGUGUCUCCAUGUUCUAUCCUGGCAAGAAAGAGGUAUUAUCACAGUUCAAGGACAUGUUUCAGCCAAGCAAAGGCACUUGAGGAGGGCGCUGAACAGGACUGGUGACAGUGUGGCUUGGGGAUAGUGGGAGGCCUGGAGAGAGUUCCAAGGGCAAGAGAGAGGGGCCUGUGGAGGGCUGCAUUUGAUCCUUGAGCAUGAGGUUCUCCACCCCUGGAAUACAUAAACCUUUCCUGCACAGAAAUGCCCUCUGACAGUUAUUUUUCCCCCCAUUUGAUUUGUGUUAUGUCUCAGACAAACUAAUAAGUGAACUUGUUUUAUGCAGGCACUCAAUACUGAGUGAAGUUGCCACACGAUCCAGGUCUAAAUUACCCACAGGCAAAAAUAUUCUUGUCUUUGGUAAGUAUCAGUGAGUAAUAGUGGGAGAUUCUUAUGGGAAUUCUGACACUGGAUUACUUUUUUAAGACAAAUUUAACUGAUAGAACAAAGUGAGCUGUUUAAUUUAGUACACAGCCUAUUUGGAGGCAUGUAAUAAAAUAUUAGCCAGGCUAAAGUUCAUCUUGUAUCUUUUUUGUGCUGACAAAAUAUCUUAGAUCUAAUGUAUUGACAAAAGAGCUUGUGGUGCAUGUUAAUAGCCUUAAGAAGAUACAUUCAAAAUAUUAAAGAUGCAAAUGUGACCUUUUUGUAGAGUAAGUGAAAGAGUAAGUUCAGCUUAGGAAUGUGAAUUGUGAUGCUGAAAUCAAGAGAGUCUCUCCUGUAAUGGGGCUGUUUUGCUACCCUAUAACAGAAUAAAUGAGUUGUUUCUCCAGCGCCCACUAAAUUCUCAGCUCGGAGGCUUGAUCAUUUCCUGGAAGAGAUGAGCUUCUUGAUGUUUGUUUUCUGCCCUCUAAACCUAUUGGCAGGUGAUGAUGGCUCGGGCAAAACAACACUAAUGACUAAAAUCCAAGGAGCAGAGCAUGGGAAGAAAGGAAGAGGCCUGGAAUACCUGUACCUAAAUAUCCAUGAUGAAGACCGAGAUGGUAAUGUAUUUGCCUUACUUGCAUGUCUUGUGCUUAAAGUUGAAGGCUGGCCUCUUCUAAAGGGCAGCUGAUUUUUCUACUGCCUUCUCAAAGCCUCUGACUAUGCAUGUUCACAUGGAAUGAAGUCUCAACAGUGUUCAACAGAGCUUAGUCCCAUGUGAAUAUAUGUAGUAGUAGUAAUAGUUAUUAUUAUUAUUAAUUUGUACCCUGCCCUCUGACUGGGUUGCCCCAGCCACUCUAGGUGGUUUACAGCAUAUAUUAAAACAUAGUAAAACAUUAAACCUUAAAAAGCUUCCCUAUACAGGGCUGCCUUCAGAUGUUUCCUAAAUGUUAUAUAAUUAGUUAUCUCCUUAAAAUCUGAUGGAAGGGCAUUCCAAAGGGUGAGCACCACUACCCAGAAUAAUAAUUGCAGCUGUGAUUUAAUCCAUUUGUUCUUUAUAUGUUGAAAAAUGCUCCCAAAAUGAUUCACCUCUGUUCUUGCUCUAGCCAUGUGAUACCCUUCAUUAAAUCCCUACACUUCUUAUCCCCUCCUGGAUACUGCACAAGACUUUUGUCCUCACUUGAAAAUCUUCCAUGGCUAUCCACUUCUUAUCUCUCUGCUCUUAAUAUCUUGGCAUACUCAUAUUUGUGACUUUCUCAGUCAGCUCCAACAACAUCAAGUUUCCUGCUCCCUGAAAUGACCUUGAUCUUCCUCUUUUUCUGUCUAGACAUGUCCUUCCUUUAUUUUCAAAUCCCUCCUUUAAAAAAACCACUUUUUCUGUGAAGGCUUUGGAACAGUCGUGGGGAGCACAUGAGCCUCUAGAUGUUGUUGGACUCUACUUCCCAUCAGGCAGUGCCAGUGUGGCCAGUGAUCAAGGAUGAUGGGAGUUGUAAUCCAGCAGCAUCUCAAGGGCCAUAGGCUCCCCAUCACUGCUGUGGAGUAACCCUUAGUCCUAAUAUCCAUUGUAGCUAAGCCAAAGUGUGUGACUGCAAUACACACACAUAACUAUUAUUUGCUUGAUCCUGGUUCCAGUUCCUUCCUCUUCCUUUUUUGUCUCACUUGUGUCAAACUUGAGAUAGGUGUCCCUAUGGGAUUAAGGAUUUGUCUUCUCAUUCUUUGUAAAAUGCGAAGUAUAUAGGUGCUAAUACUAAUAAUAACCGUGGAAAAUGAUUUCUUAAUGAGAACAUCUCUCCUUCCUUUCAGAUCAGACCCGUUGUAACGUCUGGAUUCUUGAUGGGGACUUGUACCAUAAAGGGCUCUUGAAAUUCGCUGUUUCAGCAGAAUCGCUGCAAGAGACCCUUGUCGUUUUUGUGGCAGAUAUGUCUAGACCAUGGACUGUUAUGGAAUCCUUACAGAAAUGGGCAAGUGUAUUGCGUGAACAUAUUGAUAAGCUGAAAAUCCCCCCUGAAGAGAUGAGAGAUAUGGAACAGCAAUGUAAGUAAUGCGAGACUGAAAGUUUAUUUUGUAUCCCUACAACUUUCCGGGAUGAUUGCUUUUAAAUUCAUAUGCAGUUGCCUUAUUGUAACCCACCAGUGGUCAUGUAGCCUAGCAUUGUCUUUAUUCUCCCUGCCAGCAGUACAUGUUUGGGAGUCUUCCUUUCAGCUAGGCUUUGCACAUGAAUUGAAACAAUAUAGAUAGUUCGGUGAACAUUGUGGCUGUGGGCAUAUGUUCUGGACUUGUUUGAUGCACAAAUGAUUUGUAAAAUCUCUUUCCUAGUACCGAGUUUGGAAUUGGCACAUGAAUUGAAACAAUAUAGAUAGUUUGGUGAGCAUUGUGGCUGUGGGCAUAUGUUCUGGACUUGUUUGAUGCACAAGUGACUUGUAAAAUGUCAUUCCUAUUACAGAGUUUGGAAUUGUGAGAACUCUGAGAUUUGUAAACAAAUCAGAUAGUUUCUUUUCCAUAUCCUUGCAGAACAAGGUGUGGAGACUUUGGAAUAAUAUGGAUAAAACAUAUAUUUGGGGAGCAAGACACACUGAAGGCUGUUUAAGAAACUGACUUCAUUACUUACAAACAUUGUCAAGAGCUUAUGUUGCUAAAUAUUUUUUAGAAAUCUCUGGCAAGAAGGUUGGUUAGCAUGGAGAUUGUUUAUUAUUUUACUUCAUUUUCCAGCCAAAACUGGCUCUCAGAACAGCUUACAAUAAUAAUAAAAUCCAUUGCAAAAUUUAAGAGAGUACCUAAGAGUAAUAGACUAGUAAGUAAUAAUGACUAUUAAAUUCAGAGCAAUGUGCACAUAUGCACACAUACAUGGGGGGAUUGAUAGCAAAUAAUAGAACUUGUCUGUUUCUUAAAGUAUCUCCACAUCUAGAAGACUUUGAUGGUCUAUCUGUGCAAGCCUUACUAAAAUAUAUUCAGGUUGUACAGCUUCAGUCAUGCUUGGUCAACAAAGGUAGACCCCUGUGAGGUGGGAGAAGUGCAGUUAAGGGAAUAUGACUUGAGGUUUUUACAUGUGAGUAAUCAUGUGUUACGAGUUAAUGCAUGCAGGAGUCCCGUAAGUUUGAGGACAGUCAGAGUGAGGUAUGGAACAUUUCUGCGCAGUGGCAGUUUGCUGAAUUCCAGAAACAGGCAUAAUUUAAAUUUAGUCAACUGUGAAACCAAUAAACAUCCUGUAGUAUUGGCUUUCCUGUCACUGAUAGCAUCAAUUUCAAGGUUAUAAUACCCCAAGUUGUUGGCUGCCCACUCUCCACCUUAGAGCAGAUUUAUGCCACAAGGUGCCAUAGGAAGGCACUGGACAUAGUAAAAGAUCCAUCGCAUCCUGGUCACUGUCUCUUCGAGCUCUUGCCGUCGGGACGGAGAUACAGGACGAUGAAGACAAGAACGAGCCGUCUUAAGAACAGCUUCUUCUCCAGAGCGAUCUCGGCCCUGAAUGGGAAGCCCGGACUUUGAAAGUCAUCUAAUCUCCCUUGCUGUAUUAUACUGUAUUGAUUAAUUAGUGUUUUUAUGGAACAGUCAAGUAAUUUUCAUUGUCCCCGAAGGGGGCAAUGACAAUAAAGAUAUUAUUAUUAUUAUUAUUAUUAUUAAGGAGAACCACAAUUGCUACUUAGUAUUCUUUUAUUGUAUGAGCCCUCAGGUAUGCAUAGUUGGCUGCUAUGUUAAAAACUUGAAUCUGUAUUAAUGCAAUGAGGUGGAAAGUGUGCUCAUGAAAAUACCUAUGCAGAAUUUGUGCACGAUAGAAAUGUCAUUUAAAUAGAUGCUAGUUCAGGACAGGAGACAGUGGUAUCUAAUUGCACAUUCCCUUGAUAAGGGGUACAGUGCUGGAAUGUUCUUCCACUGCACAGGUUUGGACUUAUUACUGAAACUUGGAGAACCUCUCUUCACCAUGCCGUAAUGUUCCUGAAAAUAUAGUUCAUUCAUAGUAUAGCAAGUUUGAUUGAAAGAAAUGGUUUCUCACUGUCCCAAAGUUUUCUGACACUUUGCUUCUUUGUAAAGAAAUGCAAUCUGACAAGAAUUUCCUGAUGCUUUUGCAGACUUGCACCGUUAACGGUGCACUCAUUUUAAACUAGUGGGACAAUGUAAAAGGUGGCUGUCAAAGCUGUAUUGCGCAGUUUUUUAAACCAAGAGGAUCCUAUCAAGUUCAGUGGGUAAAAUAAUCCCUUUCUUCCUACCAAGAAGUACAUUUUGUAUUGGGGAUUACGUCACUCCAUAUCUGUCUCAUGAGGCAAGUCAUGUGCCAAUGAUGCCUAUUGUGACCAAAGUCAAUGCCUGCUUCUGAGCUUCAGCAAAAUAAAUUGCCAUUUCUGUGUCUCCCCAUUGUCACAUUUCAUGCAGUUUUUGUGGUGUUCAUUCCUUUGCUGAAAUGGAAGCUGCCAAGUAAACUGCUAAAAAAUGCAGAGGGCAGAGCAUUGCUGAUUCUGUGCUUUCCCCCCAUAGAAGGAUCAUUGUACCUAACGCAGCAACUAAGGGCAGCCUAAGGAUCCUAUUGCUGCAGCCCUUCCUUGACUCGGGCCCUCACCUUGUUUCUAACAUGCAUCUCUGCUGCCAGUGGACAAUUCUUGUCUGAGAGGCCUCCCUCCCUCCCAAUCCACACUACCAGGCUUCACUGGUUUUCCACAGUAGUGGAAUGCAAAUGUUGCUCCAAGAGAAGUAGCUGUGCCCACGAUUUUAACUGCUACCUGCUCUGUUUGCCUCCCCUGUGGGUUCAGGAAGGAGAGCAGCAGCAGUGUCAGUGUCACAAGGCAUUCCAGCGCAUGCCUGCCUCACUUCUGCUUGUGGGGCCUGUUGGAUGAGUUGCCAAGGCUCAUCUACUAAUUAGUGAUAACAUGUUUAAUGGAAUACCAUUUCAAAGUCUCUGUUAAUUUUUUUCUGAAAUGGUGCAGUGUUGAAGUUUCAAACCAAGAUGUACACAAAUGGUCUCUGAAUGUUGAAUUUAAACUCAUUACAGUAAUGACUAAUAAUUUAUGCAGGGCGAGAGUGUUGCUUUAUGCUAAAAAGAAAACUUGCAAGUUAAAGGCUGCCUUUGCAUUUCACAGUAAGCCAGGAUUCCUGGCUUAUCCUGGCUUACUGUGAGUGACCAGCAUGCUGGUGCAUCCAGCUGGUUCACUUCCCCCACCCUUUGUGCAGCUGGGUAAAACUAACCAGGAACUGCUAGCCUGUUGUGGGAACCCGGGAGGAAUCCUGGUUUGUUUCUCCCAAACAAGUCAGGAUUUGUAUGCUAACUUCAGACCUUUUUAAAAGCAUCUUGGCUUCGUUGGGAACCAUAGACCAGGAUCCCGGGUUUUUUGCAUGUUGUUAACUAGUCCUUCCUGGUCAGUUAGCUGGUCAAUUGAAGACUCAUCUUCUCCUCUGAGAGGUAAACAUUGUUUGGAAUCUCACAAUUGAUAUGUUGCUUCUUCUGUAUUGCUUCUGUUUAUGAGUGUAAUUUCUUUUAGACAUUUUAAUCUUUUAGUAACUCUUCUGUAUUUUUGUUUGAUUAUUUUGCAAACUUCCCUCGUAUCCAAAAGGAUGAAGGGUAGCUUAAAAAACAGCAAAUAGUUUUACUGAACCUCCACAUUUUGCUUAACCUCAAAACAUAUUCCCCUUUGCAUAACUUUAAAGAGUGAUUAUCAGGUGGUGCUUGGCAGCAAAGAGAAUUCCCUCUUCUCUCCCCUCGUCUCCAGGCUCUGUGUGCCCACCAGAUAGGUUCCAAAAGGUUGAGGGACCCUCCAAAGUGGAAGGGGCAGGAAUGAGAAAUUACCCUCACCCAGCGCUGUUAUAUCACCCAAAGUAUUUUAUAAUUACAUGUAAAACUAUUCUUUUUUUUAUCAUAGUUGUGAAGGCUUUUCAGGAAUAUGUAGAACCUGAAGAUGGGUAUCAGGGGUCACCGCAGAGAAGAGGCCCAUCAGGACAAGAUGAUGAAAAUGUAAUUCUACCACUUGGAGAUAACGUUCUGACUCACAACCUCGGCAUCCCUGUGAUAGUAGUUUGUACAAAGGUAAGUUUGAGCUCUCGUUUACUGGCAAUUCUUGGAAAGUAUUUUGGUUAUUGCUAAUGAUAUGUUUUAUUGCCCUCUUGCGUUUCUUGUGAUCCUGAUAUACAUUGUGAGUGUUUGUCACUGCCCAUUUAAAAGAGUGUAAUUGUCAGUAUUUUUGUGUUUAUGUAAAAACAUUUGGAUUUUUAGUAUGUCUGGGAAGAGCAUUGAGUGCAGUCCAUUUCUUUCUUCAGGAUUCUCUGUUCUAUUAGUUAUUAUCCAUAUUUUCAAAUCUGUAAAAUGUCUCUCAGUUAAAUUCAGAGAAUGGAAGAUCAGUUUCUAAUCUUAUACACACACCACAGAAAAGCCCCAAACUUUAAAGUGUGAUCAAUAGUUGUAAACUUUUAUCUUCUGAAACAUGAAUAUGCAAAUUAAAAUACCUCCUGAAUUUGUUUCAAAGCUGAGGAGUAAGGUGUCUUAAACUAUGUGAUGUCUAUGAAGUUUAAAUGUGUGCUUUUGUGAUAUUUUAAUAAAAGAUAUUUUGUCUGUCCAAACAAUAUCUGAUGGCUUUUGAAGUAUUUUGCUCAAUGACCCCAAACCAAGCUUGCUUUGAACACUAAUUUAUGCAAAAGUGUGUAUGUUCUGCACACAUUUUCCACUUCAGGCUUUUAGAAUUCUUAAGACUUUUCUUUGUGUUUCUUUUUCAGUGUGAUGCAAUGAGUGUAUUAGAAAAGGAACUUGACUACAGAGAAGAACAUUUUGACUUCAUUCAGUCGCACAUUCGUAGAUUCUGCUUACAAUGUAUCUUUUUCUUACUUGAGCAUAAGUAGUGGAAUAAAAAACAGUGCCAUAUUGAGCGUUGUCACUUUACAUAAAACUUAGUAUGCCAUCAUCUCAACCCAAAUGUAUGGUCUGAGUCUGCUAUUUCUUUCCUAUUAUUGAAAGAAAAAACCAUUUGUUUCCUGUAUAUUUCAUUUUUUGAACUGUAUACGUAAAGACGAACACUUUAUCUCCACACUUUAUUUUUCAGUAGUAGCCUGGCAGCCUUAAGGGUUGAUAAAUUUGCUCAGUCUUAGAUUUUUUUUAAAUGUACAACUAACAAUGCAAUCCUCUGCAUGUUGAUUCAGAAUUAAAUCCCACUAUGUCCAUGCUUGCUCCAUUUUUACAUAUUUACAUUAAACAUGGUGGGUCUUGGUUUUGAGUAGACGUGCAUAGAAUUGUGCUGCAAGUACAAUUAGUUAAUUAUAAGUAGGAAUUAAUACACGUAUUAUAUGGUAUAUACAUAUAUUAAUAAAUACUGUGGAUCGCUGAGGAAUGGCACUUUCUGUUUAAACCUAGCAGAUUGCAUUUAGUCAUGUUGCCACCUCAAUUUUUUUUUACUUUCAAGCUCUGUUCCCUUUGUAUUUCAUUAGACCCUGAAAUGUACAGCCCAUUUCAUGUUAAGGAAUUGCACAUAGGGCCCAUCCCAUUACAGUAUUUCAAGUAUUUCAUUUCUGGAAACUUUGCUCUGUUUAAAAAACAUAAAAUGCAAAUUUAGCAGAUUAAUUGCAAUUGAUCUUAAUAACAUUUUCAAAGUUUUCCUUAAUGCAAAUUAAUAGACGGUGCAGCCUUGAUCUAUUCAUCAGUUAAAGAGGAAAAGAAUCUUGAUUUGUUAUAUAAGUACAUUGUACAUAAAACAUAUGGCUUUCAUUUUAUCACACCUGCCUUAGUGGUAGAAAAGGAUGCAGUUUUCAUGUAAGUUGAAGAGCAAUUUCUUGUACAUUUACACUAAGACUUGAAAAUCCCCUUUAAUUUGAGAAUAAGAUUUUGGUUGGGGGGCAGGCUGAUGGAUGAAAAGGAGACACUGUUGUAGAUUAAACAUAAAUAAGAUAGCACAAUAUAUAUACAACUCUUAAUCAUGCUAGCCAGAAGUCAGUCUCCGUUGAUUUAAUGGAAGGUCCUUUCCAAUAAGAACACUCAAGAUUGCAUACUUACUGCCUGAACUUUAGAACUGCUUUUCUGAAGCACCAGGUUAUAUUAUCUGAUGUGGAGUUGCUGUUGUUUCUGCAAGGAGACAAGUAUCUCCCCUUCCCAUUGCCACCGUGAAGUGGAAUAAGCUGCUCCGGUGCUUCUCCAUCCCUGAAUGUCUUUUGCCAAAGUUGUGUCAUGCAAGGAUAGUAGUGCUGCUCAGGAAAAAUUAAGUUAAUAUGACUCCACAUAACAUUCUCUUUGGGAUAUUUUGCCAAUAUAAAGGCCAAUGCCAACACAAACCAUACGUUCAUUUGUGUGUUAUAUUUCUGUCUCCUUCCUCCCCAAGGAGUUGAGGGCUCAUCUGAUUACAAAUGAUCAUAAGGAAAGGGGUGGUGGUUUUGUGGCAGGUUGCGCCAAAUUCAUCCUUGCCUUCUAGGUAUAGGUGCAGUUCUUCAGCCGUAAGGUCACUUCACACAGCACAGUUUUAAAAGUAUAAAUGUGAUCAACGCAGGUACACUUAGAGCCAGGAUUGGCUCCAUCUUCCUGCUGAGUGUGUGCUUGCCAGUGCACCCAGAUGUGCUGUAGUGCUUGCAGUUGACUGUAAGGUGAUCCAGGGAAUUGGUCUCUUGGUCUCUUUUGGUUUCCUGCAUUUCACAGUAACGUGAAUUAGCAUUAUACUUCUUACUUCAUUGAGGACAGUUUUGCUUCGUUGGAGAAUGAAUAAUGUCCCGUUUAAUGUACAACAGCGUAAUAACACUUUUCUGUAUUUUUCUCAAAUGCGAAAAGGCAAGCUAAACAAAUAUUUUCAAAAUGUACCUGUGCCAGUCACCAUUAUGCUGUACUUCUGAAAAAAAAGGAUGUGCUGACAUGAAUCCUUUCUCUUGCUAGACCUGCUGGCUGGGACAAUGAAAAGAAAAUUUCAAUUCUACAUGAAAACUUCACAACAGUGAAACCUGAAGAUCCAUAUGAAGACUUCAUUGUAAAACCUCCUGUAAGAAAGGUAAGCACCAUUUAAUUAUACAUUACUUUAUCAAGUGUGCAGGGCUGUAAGUAACCACUACAGAAUUCAGUAUCCUGAGCCAUGGUAAGAAUGCCAAGCCAUUAAUUUGACUUUAUAAACCGCCACCCUCAUUUAUUUGCCUAUUCUACAGUAUUCCUUUUACAUUUCUAACCCUUUGGGGACUGCAGUGAGGCAGGUGUACUGAAGUCUGAUUGGACUAAUGCAGAAGGUUUCAAAAGCAAGCAAAACACAGCUCUCAAUCCCUGACAAAAUGUAGUACAUUGCAUUUCUAUAUGGGAAGAGACAAAAGAAUGGUGGCUUGGAGUAGAAGAAAAUUGAUUAAUGUAGUUCUAAAUAUCCUGGUGCAAGCUUUAGCUGUAGAAUGCUUGCUGUGUAUUUGGUGUAUGUAUGCAGUGUAUUUGGGGUUGUGUUACAAUAUAUGAAAUUGAAUCAGGAUGAUAGGGGAUUUAGCAUGUGACCUGUAGUCUGGACCCCCCCCCAAUGCAUAGGCUCAACUUCUUCCAGUAGAUCAGCUCUGUCUAAAUCAUAAUUUCCCAUGGAGUUGCUGGCAGAACAGCUGGUCCUGGAUUUUUAUUAAUCUUGAUGUUUAAAUCAACAUAUUUUAAAAUAUGUUGGUCAUACUUGGAGUAGCUUCAUUUAAAUUAAUUGACUUCCAAGUCCACAGUUUGCAGGGGGUCUGCUCUGAGGAUGAGUUAGUUGAAUACCACCCUACCUUUUAAAUUUUGUAAACUGCCUAGGGAAUGUUAUCGAUAUACAUUUAAAAAAUAAAUAAUGAUGCACAAGAGGAGGCCAGGUCACAGACUAUAUAUAUAUUUGUGACUUUGCAUAUAAAAGUUUUUGUUCUGAAAAAUUCUUGACAUCUACACAGCAUAUCUGUUAAAUUUCUAUUGAGUUAUGGAUAAGGUGGCUUGUAUUUUGGGGGGAACUUGGGGUGGAGGACACUUUUAAACUGAAUCUGUCUUCAAGUCUUCCAAGUUGAAAAUCCUCUCUUUAACCAGCAAACAGCCUGCUACUGCUGCUAUGUGUUUAAGGACCUAAUGGAUUUGGGGUACUAAUCCAACAAGAAUUGAAUACUAAUUGGGGUACUAAUUGAGCACAGCUUCUUGCCCCCCCUUCUGAAACCAGCUAAGCAAGAAAGGAGUCAGAAAGAAAUGCAAGGAGUUGUAGUGGCCAGAACCUUCCACAUGCUCCCUGCCUUCCUGUAGCUUCCAUGGCUAGUAUAGUACAGCCUUCCCCAACAUGGUGCUUUCUAGAUCUUUCAGACUAAAGCUCCCACCAACUGACCAUUGACCAUGUCGCCUGGGGCUGAUGGGAACUGGAGUCACAAAACAUUGAGGGGGCUCUAAGUGUGGGAAUGUUGGCAUAGCAGCUGUGGUACUAAAUCUUUGCUGCUAGCAAGAUAAUCUCUCAGGCUGUGCCUGCUGCAGGAUUCUCUCACUGGAGUUGCAUGCAUGUAAACAAACACACACACGUCUACUACAUAACUUGUGUAAGACAGCAGAGAGUAGGAAUUAUUCCAGAUUAUUAGGACACUGAAGGGAUAAUUUACUAUAUAUACAACUUUUCAUGGUAAUGCCCCCCCCCUUAUAAUUUGUGCAGCCAUUUUUUGUUUAUAAUGAAGUUUUCUGUGAUUUAUUCCUCUUCUCAUCAGUUAGUUCAUGAUAAAGAACUUGCAGCGGAAGAUGAACAAGUGUUUCUUAUGAAGCAGCAGGUAAGAAAAUAACAUAUAGCAAAAAUUACUUUUCCUUUGCUGGCAAGGAGGAAAUCCCUUGGGGAGGCCUCUCCCAUAUCUCCACUGCCUCCCUUCAUUCCUCCAUGCAAGUGACUGGUAGAAGCCAUCAGAAGAGAGGAGGAGGGAGGCAGAGGGAGAUGCUGGCAGAAGAAGAAGGCUGAAAUGGACUGCAGCUGAGCUGAAUUUGCAUGUUAAAUGUGUAUAAGAUACGACUCAACUUUAUCACAUGAAGCAUUUAACAACAACAUGAGGAAUUCCAUAGCAUCUUGAGAAGCAUAUAUCAACAGUUUCAUUUUUGCAUAAACAUGACUCUUGGAACUUAACCCCCACUUAUGAUGCGAUGCAACUGUACUGCAGAAUCCUACCUCUUUUUCCUGUUUAAUUCUGGUGCCCUCUAGUGAUAUCAUUUGCAAAUAACUUUGUAAAAGUGCCAGAGUCACAUUGAGUAAGGUUAAGCUCAAGUUCACAAGAUAGCAUCAUUGCCACACGUUUUUAAAUUUUGGGACAUUUCCCCCUAGUAUAUUUAAGAGCUCUUUGUUCUUUUUCAGUCUCACCUUGCCAAGCAGCCAGCCACACCUACAAGAGCUUCUGUAAGUAUGUGUUUGUAGGAAAGUAAUUUGUAGUUUAAAAUGUAAGCCUGAGCCCCAUAGCCUGAAUGAUUGAAAUUAUCAAAACUUACUACAAUGCUUGCUUAGUAUCUUUUUGGAAUAUUGCAUGCAGUUUAUGCAUAACAUUUUUAAAAGUAUCCCAAGCAACUGAAGGUGUUUUGCUAUUCUGUUACACUAUGUGAAUAGUUCAUUUUGCUAGCUGAAUGUAUUUACAAAUCUGUGCCUGAGAUAUACCCAAAAAUUGAUACUUGAAAUUGAGAAACUUUUUACGGUGAUAAAUGGGGUAUCAUUGAAAACAUGCAAUUUCUACAGCAAAUUGCAGAGUUCUCAAAAUGAUUUAUGGGCAGUUGACUAGGGAAGCACAAGCUAUUAAAUAAAGUGGGAGAAGAACGAUGUCUGCUGUGUACGUGUAAAGCGGUUGAACAUUUAAAAAGAGAAAGGCAAGAAAGAAAGAAAGAAAGAAAGAAAGAAAGAAAGAAAGAAAGAAAGAAAACACACUGCAGGGGGAACCCAUUCUCAGAACUUAGUAGGCUGCAUUGGGAUGUAACAGUAAGCUCUGGAGUACAGUUCAUUUUAAGAAUGCUUUGUUUAACUGUGCAUGAGCAGUGUAUUGGUAUGUGCAGUUAAAGCUCUCCCACUUCACCCUUAGUUGAGUAGGGAAGCAAACUAUGAAACAGCAGGCUUAGUGUUAUGUGUGAGGCAGUGCUCGUGGUUUAUUUCUCUCCAAACUAGCCAUGAUCAGGAAGCAGAGGAAGGGAGGAGCAGAGUGGGAGUGCUCAAACAGCAUGCACAGGUAAACUAGUCAUAUUUUAAACAAACCACACUCUGUGGAUUAAUGUUAUGUCUGAACGCAGCCAGUAUCACUCAAAAAUAGUGGAAGCUCUAAAAUUUAACUGAUAGCAGUUUUCCUUAUAUUUCACUAAACCCAAACAUAAAGUAAUUUAUGCAAUUAGAUUUGCAAUUGAAAUUUUACUUUUAAAUUGCAGAGAGCUGCUACUUUUUUUUGGACAAAAUAUAAAUUGCUGUUGCUUCCUCAAUUCUCUUUAAUCUGGAGAAGUUCACUGGUGUAAUUUGGGAAUAUCUGAGCAAAGAAGUGCUUGAGUACACUUUAGCAGUUGCAUUUUUUUCAUUUUUUCCCUUUAUUGUUAAUUGCAUUGUUGCAAUUUGUGAUUGUCCAGGAAUCUCCUGCACGAGGGCCUUCCGGAUCACCAAGACCCCAGGGCAGGGCAGGCCCUGUCACUGUCCCCAGUGCCUCGCCAAUAGCAUCUGUUAAGAAGCCAGAUCCAACAAUUAAAAGUAUGCACUGCAACUUAAACAACCUAUUUUGUUUGUAAUCUUUUCUUGGAACACUGAGCUUGUUAGAUGAAAGGCAGAUACUAAUUUAGUGAUAAAAUCAAAUAUUCAUGUGGCAUACUCAGUGGGCAGCUGUUGGGGCUUUAAAAUGUUUUUUAAGUUAUCAGGGAUGGAGAGAAUUAUGAACAAUAUUUGUAUCCAAAGUUUAAUAAUAUAACUAUAAUGAUCUGCUAUUAUAAUACUAGGAAGACAGUUUUAUUUCUGAAUGGAAGUGGUGACCAGUUUUGCUAGAAGAGCCAGUAAAUUGGGAAGCACAAAUAAAAUAUAAGACAAUAUACAGUGGUACCUCGGGUUAAGAACUUAAUUUGUUCUGGAGGUUUGUUCUUAACCUGAUGAUUAAUGGGACCUCCCGCUGCUGCCGUGCGAUUUCUGUUCUCAUCCUGAAGCAAAGUUCUUAACCCAAGGUACUAUUUCUGGGUUAGCAGAGUCUAUAACCUGAAGUGUCUGUAACCUGAGGUACCUGAGGUACCACUGUAUUUAAAUAUGUUUAAUUUUUUGUAUAGACCUCUUUGAAAAGGGAAUGGGUUGAUAUGCCAGUUAGGAAUUACAUUCUUUGUAACAUUCGUUUCCCUCCCACACAUCAUUUUAUGCCUUUCAUAUAUUUUGAACAUAAAGGAUUGUUAAUCUGCCACAGUCCUGUGUGUUUCAGACUUUUCUCACCUCCUUUUAAUUAGAUAAUGCUGCAAGUGAAGGUGUGCUAGCCAGCUUCUUCAACAGUCUCUUGAGUAAAAAGACUGGCUCUCCUGGGAGUCCUGGUGCCGGAGGAGUGCAGACCACAGCCAAAAAAUCAGGUACACUGGAGGGGCCCUGGCUCAGUGGUAGAACAUCUGUUUUGCAUGCAGAGGAUCCUAUGUUCAAUCUGUAGCAUCUUCAGGUAGGCCUGGGAAUGUCACUUGUCUGAAACCUUGAAGGGCUGCUGCGAGUCAGUGUAGACAAUACUCAGAUUGUUCAGUAUAAGGAAGUUUUCUAUGCUUCUAAAAGCAUUAAUAUUUUUUCAUAUUAACUUAUUCUGCAUAGACCACACUGAAAUCCAUGGAUGGUUGGCUAAUGUCACAGCCAAAUAUUUUAAUAAAUAAAUGAACCUAGAGUUGUGUCUCACAGAGAAUUAAGCCGUUCCCAGUCUACAUUAUCCACACCUUGGUUUCUGCUUCAUGUUGUAAUUCUAGAAUCUUCCAUGACGACAUAGAAAGCAUGUUUGCAACUGUUUUAUUAUUUGAGUGCUUUGGCUGAAAUAGUAACCUCAAGUUUUCUUUAGGGCAAAAAACGGUUUUGACGAAUGUCCAAGAAGAACUGGAUAGAAUGACUCGCAAACCAGACUCUAUGGUAACGACCAACUCCUCUCCGACAGAGAACGAAGCUUGA